GGGCAGGCUUUCUGCGUCCGUAACAAUCUCGGCGACUUCCUGCGAGCGUUCUCAGUAUGCGACGACUUUGGACUGCUGUACAUUGACGCAAUCUGCAUUAACCAGGGAGACCUCGCUGAGAAGAGCAGCCAGGUACGUCUGCAGUCAACGAUAUACUCUCAAGCGACGCGCGUCCUGUGCUGGCUAGGAGUACCUACAGAUACGAGUGAGAUUGUGGAAGAGGGACUUCAUAGGCUUGCGCGGAGUAAAGACUGGUCUAGCGAUGACACUGGAGAUGACGCUUCGGUCAGUGCCGCAUUGGAGUACAUCGCGGGAAGACCGUACUGGAGAAGGACGUGGAUUGUUCAGGAGUUUCUUCUUGCUCGG